AUGAUAUUGGAACAAUCACCUAAAACAAUUGAAAAAACAGAUGUUUUCAAAGCAACUGAAGAGAGAGAUUUGAUGAGAUUAACGGUUGAGGAGAAAAACAGACAGAUUGGUGAACUAACUGAGCAGAUUGAAGUAACUGUACAAGAAAACAUCGAUAACUAUGAAAAAAUUCUUAAAGCUGAAGAAUUGAUUAAAGAUAAAUUAGAAUCAUUAAAUGAUAAGAAAAUCCAGCUUGCACAAUCUAAAGAUAAAUUAAGUUCUUUCAAAAAUAGUGAUCCCUCUUUACCAAAAUUACAAGAUUUAUUCCGGAAUGUUUCAAUAUUAUCUGAAAAUGUUGAUGAAUCUGUAUUAAAUUCUAUAGAAGGUAUGCAAAGACUUAUUGAUGAACAUUUAGGGAAAAUCCAUUCAAUUCAAAAACAAAUUAUGGAUGCAGAAAUUGCAUUAUCAAAAGAACAAUUGAGAAUCAAUAAUGAAAAAUUAAAAUAUGAUGAAUUGUUCAAACAAAAUGAAUCAUUAACUAAACAAAUUGAAUCUAUAAAGCAAAGUUUAAAUGAUGAAAAUAAUUCAACACCUGAAAAAUUAAAAUUACAAAAUGAUGAAGAGAAAUUGAAAACAUUGAUGAAAAUUUGGUUGAAAAUAACAAAUAUUGAGGAUUUCAAAAUAGAUGAUGUUGAUGGAUCUCUCAAAUUCAGAUUCAAAGAUUAUCCAGAUCACGAUUGUUUAAUAAGUGUUGAUAAAAAUCACAAGAUUGCAAAAAUACAUUAUGAAUUAGUUGGUGAUGAGGUUUUAAACGAGAUGGUAAUCAAAUCCAACAAAGCCAAAGAUCCAGUGGAGAGUGUUGUGAUGAAUUUAUAUAAAACCAUAUCGGAUAGUUAG